AUGCGUGCCGCCGAGACAUGGCACCACCGUCCGAGCGACCCAUUCAUUCUGCAUGAGUUCCAGAAAGCUGCCGGAUCCGUGCCGGUGCAUAGUAGCACUACUAGACCGUUGACUUUCUCUCUGGUCGUUGGCGUGUACUUCCACCUGAAUCGAGGCAUCCAAGGCAAGCAUGUUGGACGCAUUCCGUGCUGUGAACUUCGCCAGCACUCUGUCUUCUGGGUCCGGAUGCCUCUGCUGCAUAAGCCGAGUGUGCGCUAUCGAGACAAAUUGGCCAGUAACCACCCUGUCGGGUCUACCCGCAUGGAUCUUCCUGGUUGGGCUGCAUGGGUCAUGUGUGGUGCUGGGUGUCUGGUAUUUGGGGAGGCGUAACAGGUAGCGUGUGAGAGAGCAAGCGAAAGACAAGUUACCGGGAAAUCGGGCACAUACUUGAGCAGGUCCUUCCUGAGGUUAUCACAUUGAAAC